AUGAGUUACAAUGUUGUAGCGGAGGGAUGUUUGGAAAAGACAAUGAAGUUGAAGGGAAACAGGCGCGGUGUUGCUGGUGUCUUUUGGAGAGCGUUAAAAAGAAGAGAGGCAGUUGGAGAUCUCAUCGCCGCUACAAUUGAUGAAUACAAGAUUUCCAAAGUUUGCAAUGCUUGUAGUAGCGAUCCUUCUGCAAGAAUGUCUGAAUUGAAAGGUUGUGGUUGUUGUAUUUGGGUUUUGGAUAGAUUUUAACAAAGUAGAAAAUACGAUGAG